AUGGAUUCAUCCAGUUACACCGGUUUACCAAACAAACUUUUUCAAGGCAUAUCGUCAGUGAAAUCAACUCUGACAACUGGUCAUAUUCUUGAAAAAUCUGAAACAACACAUGUGCCGAAAACUGAUGCCUUCCAUCAUUAUAUGAUUGCCAAUAAAAUUGGCCGACUUCCAUGUUUACCAAGUUCACGUUUAAUGGCUGAUGUCUUACGUGGCACGAACGAAGAUAUUUCAUUUGAUGAUGUCUUGAACAAUCCACGUGAAUUUGGUGAAGUUCAAGUUGAUCCACAUUUAGCUAUGGACAAACGUGAUCGGUUAUUUUAG